GUAAAAAAACUUAUAAGUAAAUAAAGAUGCGAAAGCAUACAUCUCCCUAUAGAAAUUAAAAACCAGGAUCUUCUUUAGGAAGAGUACUUUGUAAAGCAGAAUAUUAGACAAGAAAUAAUUCAAAUGAGAAAAAAGUAAUAAAUAUGUCACCAAUCAGAUUUGUUUUAAAUUCUAGGCAUAACUCAUUUGAAUAAAAUACAAAGUAGUUAUCAACAAAAUAAACUAUAAUUCCUAGUUUAAGCAGAAAACACUUUUAAUUGUAGUAUAUAAUAGGGAUUGGUGGAUUUGGAAGAGUUUGGAAAGUGAUCUAUAAAUAGAAAUAUUAUGCAAUGAAAGAAAUGAGUAAAGCUUUAGUAUUAUAUAAACGAAGUGUGGCAUCUGUUAUUAAUGAAUUAAGAUUAUUAUAAAAUUUCAAUCAUUAAUUUAUUGUAAAUGCUGUUGCAGCUUUUUAAGAUAAAUAGAAUAUAUAUUUAGUAUUGGAUUAUUUAUAAGGAGGAGAUUUAAGAUAUCAUUUAGGUCGUAAUAGAAGAUUUAAUGAAGAAUAAACAAGUAUAAUAUGACCAAUAUCAGAGUUCUUUAUUUGUUGUGUAAUUGUGGGUUUGGAAUAUUUACAUUCUCAUCGUAUUAUUCAUAGGGAUCUGAAGCCAGAAAAUUUAGUUUUGGAUUCUAAAGGAUAUUUAAGAAUAACUGAUUUAGGGGUUGCAAGAAAAUUAGAUACGUUGCAAAUAGAUACAAGUGGAACACCAGGUUAUAUGGCUCCAGAAGUUAUGUGUGGAUUAGAACAUGGCAUACCAGCUGAUUAUUAUUCAUUAGGUGUAAUAGCAUAUGAAUUAAUGCUUGGAAAAAGACCUUAUUAUGGUUAAAAUAGAAAAGAAAUAAGAGAUGCUAUUCUAUCUAAAUAAGCUUCAAUUAAAUUAAAAUUAGAAGGUUGGUCUUUAGAAGCCGUUGAUUUUAUUAAUAAAUUGAUUUAAAGAAAACCAUCUAAUAGAUUAAUUGAUGUAAAAAAUCAUCCAUGGCUUAAAGAUUAUCCUUGGGAUAAAUUAAUUAAUAAAACUUUACAACCACCAUAUGUACCUCUCCAUAAUGAUAAUUUCGAUAUUUCUCAAAUUCAAUUUGAAGAUCAAGAAAAUUAAAUCAUAAUCAAUCAAACAGGCUUCUUAAUUUCUUAAAACCUUAAUGUUUUUGAUGAAUACUAUUAUGAAAAAGAUUUCAGAAGAAGAUCUUCAUUAAAUCGAUCCUUUCUUAUAAAGUGA